AUGUCGCAUCAUCUCGCCCAAGAUGUCCAGCAGCAGCAGCAGUUUACUUCUCAGGACAGCCCCACUAUAGGGCGCCCCCAAGUCCAGUUCCCUUCUAAUAAUUCGUCGCCGGCGUCAGAGUCAGGGAAGAGGUCCCGCAAGGCUGCUCCCAGUCCUUUACAAACAAGCACGACCGCUAUAUCUCCACCUACUAGUGCUACUCCGACUAGAACCACCUUCAUCAGAACUGGCGGCGAUCAGUCUGUCUCGUCGAACGACCUUCCGCAACAACCUCGAUCGCCAAAGGAGCGUCUAGAUGACCUUCUAGCUUCUGAGAAGAGCUUUUACAGAUCCGAGGGAGAAUCAUCACCAGACAGAGAAUCGUUUGACGAAAGCAGAUCUAGCUUUUUGCUCAACAUGCUCACUGUCAAUUCUAGAUACAGCAGCCCUUUGCACAAUCCGAAUGCUCCCUCACGAAGCGUAUCUGAUCCUGUCUUGAUCCCCAACUCCCCAGGUGGUUCCCCGUCGAGCACGCGACCCCCAAUCGCCGCUACGGCUCCUCAACAUCGUAUCGAUAUGGCUAGGGCACCUCCCCGCACGUCUUCAAUAGACUCUGCGAUAUCAUCAUUAUCUGGUGGACAUUCACAUAAAGGCUCCCAGGAUCAAAACGGGGCAGGCUCUCCGGACAUUGCACACCUAAUACACGCAGCAGGGUCUCCAGAAGCUGUAAUACAAUAUCUUCUGAAGGAGAAACAGUCUCAAACGGCACAGAAUACUCAAUUAUGGCGUUUGGUAGACAAGCAACGGGCUAUGAUCCUAGGACUGAAUAAGGACCUUGAACGAGCCCUGAAGGAUAAAGAACGAUAUCGGAAGAAACUAAAAGAUAGUCUUGGCCAGAUCUCAAAUCCUUCGCCGGUCGAUUCAAAUAAUGGAAUUUCAUCUGAUGCAGGAUCUACAACAUCAGAUCCUCCAGGGGCUGUGAAGACGUCUAAGCCUAGCCGUGUCGAGACUCUUGUUUCUGCAGGUUUGAGGAAUACACCCGAGCAAGAGGAUUCCCAACACUCGCCCAUAGACGUUGCCCUGGCGCCAUAUCCGAUCACUCCACCUUCAGUCCAGCACCAAGUAAACUUGCCAGUGCUGUCCAAUAUGGUCGAAGCCGAGCAUAGAAUGCCAUCACCAACACAGCACGCCUUCCAGCAAUAUAACCCUGAUGCACCCGUGGCAGGAUUUGAAGCAGGUCAACAACAGAGAAAGCAGACUGACAUUGCACGUGAGGUGCCCUACAAUGCUUCCCUUCCGCCGUCGAGGAGCCUCCCAUCAAACCCACCGAAAGGCCCUCCACCUAAUGCCCCACCCCCAAGAGCUCCAAUAUCGAGUCAAACUCCAUCCCUAGCCCUUAUUGAGCCUUCUCCCAAUCCUGACGAGGGCCUACGGAUGUUCCCUGCGCCUCCCCGCAAGGCACCUCCUGCACCUCUUAAUCUAGGAAAACAGAAUAAUCCGAGUUCCCACCUCCGCCAGGCCUCUGGUGCCGAUGAUGAUUCCGAUUCAGACUAUGAUGAUAUUUUGGAGGUGGAUGACAUACCUGCAUUCCCUGAACGCGGCCGACGGAAAACAAGGGAAGAAGAUGAUAGAGAGCGUGAAAUCGCUGCUAUGAAAGAAGCUGAAAUUCGGAGCCUUUCGAAAAAGAGUGCCCAAGGCAGCGUGAAAAGUGCGCCGAAAUCAAAGCCAGCGACUCCCAAAGAAGGUGCAUUUCUAGUCUCAGCAGACCCUAUGCCCAUAAGUCCCCGGCAAACUGUACCGAUUUCGCCACCUGACGCACGAUCGCGGCAUUUGUCUCCGUCUGAAUCUAAUACUGGUUCUCUGGCCGGGAUGCUCAGUGAAGUAUCUGGCGUUAUGUCACCACCCUUGAUGAGUCCAGGACUUCCUCUAAGCCCUAGGCCAAUGGAUAGAGGUAUGAGUUCACCAUUGCCUCGGAACCCUUCGAACCACUCAUCAAUGGCUUCGCCUCCAUUGUCUCCGCGUGGUAUGGGCGCAUUUCCUGGUGCAGUUCCCCUUUCCCCAAGAGCUCCCCGACAGCCGAUCCCGUUGCCACCCAACACACCAAUUUCAAUAGCAUCACCUGGGCAUCCAAAGAGUGAGCCGUUGCAGCUCGUGUCUCCAAAGCCUCUGACGAUUGCCAAAAAGGAAGCAGCUUCUGAUGGGAGCCAGAAUGAGGAGAUCAAUACUAGUCCCUCUAUAUUCCGAGGACUGGUCACUGAGGAAUUCCCUGAUUUGUUACUGCCACCUAAUGCCCUUCCAUCUAUAGAUGUCAAGGUUGCCUCCUCUCGUCUAAAACCAUCCAGAUCCAGUCUGAUGUUUCCUAAGAACUUCGAAGAAGAUCCCGUUUUCACACUUGCAGUUUUUUCAAGGUCCAAUGGCCAGGAGCUCUGGAGGGUAGAGAAAGAUUCAGCAUCGCUUGGCCGACUUGACCAGUCUUUGAAGCAGUCUUCCGCGUUCACGGUACAAACUCCCGAGAAGUCGCUAUUCAGUGGCCAUUCUCCUGCCAAGGUCGAUGCAAGACGAGCUGCUCUGGACAAAUAUUGUGACGAUAUCUUGAACACGCCGAUGGACACCGAGUCAGCACUGCAAAUAUGCAAAUAUCUGUCAACUAAUACUGUGUCAACGCACUCGGAGGAUACAUCCCCUGACUCAGCCACUGAGAGCCCUGUCAAGACCGGCCCAGGCGGUAGGCCUCUGAAAAAUGGGUACCUGACCAAGAGAGGCAAGAACUUUGGUGGAUGGAAGGCUCGAUUCUUUGUCCUAGACGGCCCCGUGUUCAAGUAUUAUGAGUCCCCAGGUGGACCCCAUCUCGGGACGAUCAAACUCCAGAACGCCCAGAUUGGCAAGCAGCAGCAACACCCAGAUAAUCAAUCACCGUCACGUGGCGACGUUGAUGAUGUGGAGAAUCAGUAUCGACAUGCGUUCCUGAUUCUUGAACCCAAGAGGAAGGACUCAUCCAGUCUCGUAAGACACGUUCUAUGCGCCGAAAGCGAUUUAGAGCGGGACCAGUGGGUUGAGGCUUUGCUCCAGUACGUCGAUUACAAGGAUUCGGAAGACGAGGAGCAUCCACCCCGUGAUCAUGCUCGGACCAGUUCUGGGGGGUCAAACCACAUAAGUGGCAAGAAGUCGAAAAAGAAGAUGUACGCACCAGAUAGGAGCCAGACUCUCCCUGAGCUUAAUGAUGACAGCUUGCGUGGGAUCAGCUAUGAGAACACAAAGCAAGGUAGCAUUCCACACGGGGUGAAAUCAAAGAACUCGCAAACACCUUCUCCACCAACGCAUGGUCACGAACGAGAUCCGAUGUCUCAAGUGCCGCAGUCGAAGAGCAUUUCUGCUCCAAAGAAUGCCCAGGUAAUUCAGGAUGCAGGGCUUUGGGGAAACAAGCAGAAUAUGUUAGCCCCUUCUGCCGCAGAUGAAAAAAAGCAAAGGAAGAGAAGCUUUUUCGGAUUUGGAUCGAAGCCUCGAGUCUCCACGGACUCCCAAGAAGCGAACGGUGAUUCGCCCACCAACCUAUCACAAAUGGCUUUUGAACAGCAUGGACCUAUCCGACCCGUGUUUGGUUCACCUCUGGGAGAGGCCGUGAGGUAUAACCAUCCUGCUGACGUCAAUAUUGAAUUACCAGCUGUAGUCUAUCGAUGUAUCGAGUAUCUAGACGCAAAGAAUGCUGCUGGUGAGGAGGGCAUUUUCAGAUUAAGCGGCUCAAAUGUGGUCAUUAAGCAGCUCCGCGAGCGUUUCAACACGGAAGGCGAUCUCAACCUAAUCACGGAUGAUCAGUAUUACGACAUCCACGCAGUUGCAUCGCUGUUGAAACUAUACCUCAGAGAGCUGCCCACAACAAUUUUGACCAGGGAACUUCAUCUCGAAUUCUUAGCGGUCACGGAGUUGUAUGAUGUGAAUGAGAAGAUCAGCGCAUUGAAUGGGCUCGUAUUCAGAUUACCUCGCGCAAAUAAUGCACUUCUACGCUAUUUGUCUGGUUUCCUCAUCAACAUUAUCAAUCAUUCCGAUACCAACAAGAUGACGGUUCGUAAUGUCGGUAUUGUUUUCUCUCCGACACUCAAUAUCCCCGCUCCUGUUUUUGCACUUUUCCUGCAGCAGUAUGAAGGCAUUUUCGGCGAGGACCCUUCCAAUCAUGCCGGAUCCCCUGUCGAAGUUACCGUAUCUGCCCCGCCAUUGACACCCGAAGACAUUCGCUCUCCUCGUCGACAGAAGUUCCAGGAUCUUCCAACGCCAUCCUACGACCAGCAGUCUUUCCCACAACCUCAACAAGCUCCUCCGUCAUUUCCUUCCUCAAACGCAAAACAGUACACAUCACAACAGCAGCAGUCUGGAUAUGAUACCGGGUUUACACCUCUCCAGCCAUCAUAUGAGCCACAACUGCAACAACUUAGCAGCUUUCCGACUAUGGCCGGGCCGGAGUAUGGCAGAAACACACCCCCUACCUUAGCAGGUCCAGCGUAUGAUCAAUUUGGCGGUGGCAUGGAAGCUCACAGGCAAUAUCAAACGCAAGGUGCGCAGUCUUCGCAGGGAACCAAAACCAAGCGAAGAGAGAGUAGUAUGUUUGGAAUGGGAAACGUUCUUGGGCAACGAAAGCCUAGCAGUAACAGCACGAAUCAGAAUCAAAACGGGCGUCUCGUAGAAGAUGAAUCCUUCUUUGAGUAA